AUGUCGAAAAAACUUUGUUCGAGAACGGAAUGUCUUUACCACGAUGUCGUAGAGCUCAUCCUCGAGAGAGCUCCAGCGACAUCUCUGAUGAGAUUCAAGGCUGUAUCGAAGCAGUGGAAAUCAACGAUCGAAUCCCCUUUAUUCCAAGAAAGACAAUACAAGCAUUGUCAGCAAUCAGGAGAUCCUGAUGUUCUUAUGGUGUCUGUAUUUCUUUACGAGGAUGGUUUCACUGACCCGGAUGACGUAGAACAAGUCGCGGGAAUCGAAUCUCUAAGAACAUUGGUGGUGGGUUCAUCAUCAUCGCUCCAGAUCUCUACUCCUUGGGAUAACACAUAUUACCUUGUUGCUGAGAGUUGCUGUGACGGUCUCGUUUGUCUCUACUUUCCCGACCGCUCCGGUUUUGUGGUCAAUGCCACCACUAGCUUGGCCGGGUUCGGUAAAGACAAAUUCACAGGCAGAUACAAGGCCGUUUGGUUAUACAACUCCUCCGAGUUGUCCCUAGAGGACGGUACUGCUACUACAUGCGAAGUUUUCGACUUUACCACCAAUGCCUGGAGGUAUGUCACUCCCUCUGUACCUUACCGGAUUUUUUCCCGAUAUCCUGCCUAUGUAGAUGGCUCGCUUUAUUGGUUCACCGUCGACUGCCCAGAAACCCAAGUUAUAUCUUUGGAUCUUCACACCGAAGCUUUUCAAGUCAUCCCUGUAACUCCUUUUGCCAAUGCAAAACCUGACAAGUUCAAUAUGUGCAACCUUGACGACCGCUUGUGCGUCUCCUCUAUGAAUUGGCUCAACCAAGAUAUAUGGUCGUUCAACUCUGAGAGCAAGACAUGGGCCAAGAUUUAUUCCUUAGAUCUUGAUCAAACUUUCAUCAAGUUUGAUUUCCAAGUUCAAUACCCGGUCGUGCCACUAGCACUUUUGGAUGGGGACAAGAAGAAUAAGAAGAAGAAGAAGAAGAAGAAGAAGUUGCUGUAUUUUUCUCGACAAGAUAGUCGAACACUGGUGGUACAUGAUCCGCAAACCAAAACUUAUGAUGCUGCUUUCACUGCUGACUCCAUUGGAUUCCCUGUUUGUUAUUUCCAGAUCUCCCAUAUCUCUCUUUACUCUAGUGCGAGUCUGUUCUUUAACGCUACGGCGGAAAUAGCUCGUGGAGCGACUAAGAUCUCGAUUGAACCUGUUUGGGACAGAGCACGUUUACUUUGUCCAAGGGAGAAACCUUGGGUUGGAGCUCCGGUUCGUGAUUUCUUGAGCCUGGAUAUUGACUUUGAUCCAUACGGACAAGCCCAUUGA